AUGAUGAUCAAAAUCAUACGACCCAAUGUAAAGAUAAGGGUAUUGAACUUACUGAGUUAUAUUCGAAUAUCAUUACAGAUUCAAAAAAGAUGCAUAAACACUACCAUACCCUGUACAUAUAGAAGCAAAUUAGGGAUUCCAAAUAUAUUUGGUGCAAAUGAAAGCAUUGUUCAACUAAAUAACGACUCAGCUAAUGGAACUAAUGAGUUUAAUGAUUAUUCUAGCAUUGACGAUCUUCAAAUAAGUUUGAAAAAUUUUAUGACAAGCAAGCCUGCAUUUAUAAACGCCUACAAUGACUACAGAAAGAAGGAUUUGUCUGUGACAAGAAAGUUUGGCGAGCUUGAUGAAUUUAUUUCAGGUAUUCCUAAACCAAAUUAUCGAGCGAUAGUUAGUACGAAUGAGAAUAUGCCUCCCAAUACAGGAAGUUUUAUAGAGAUUAUUGAUCCAAGUACCUCAUGUGUUACUUUUGGUGUGGUACUUGAAGGAUCGCAAACAAAAUUCAACGAAAACUAUAAUAAGUUGUUGGUUUUGACAGUGGACAAUAAGAUCGAAAAGAUAUAUCCACAAGAUGUCAGUUUUCAUCUUUCCCAAGUGCUUGAUCCACAUUGGAUUAAAACAUUACGAGUCAUUGAAAAUAGACACGAUUCUACAUUUGGCAACCGUUUGGUACUAGCGGAUAUUUUGAAACUAUUUCUCGAUAAAAGUCUUAAUCGUUUACAACGUUUACAAGAUCCCAAUAAUAAUCAGUUUUCAAUUGUAUUUUCACAAUACGCUACACCAUUUCAAAUGAAGAGCAUUUCAUUACCUGAUAUUUAUGAGUCAUUUAAAUUACUGGAUCCCGUUUUGUCAGACAUCAAUAGUUCCUAUUAUAACCAAUCUGCAUUCUUAUUGAGUUGCCAUUUAGGGAUGAUUAAUUCUCCAGAAAUGUGGCUAGUAUCUUCGUGUUACGGAACCAACAAGCUAACUAAUCUCGUAAAAGAAGGCUGUUCGAAUGAGAUAACUUCAGGCUCUCGUUAUUUUGUGAAUUCCAUCACAAAUAUGGAAUCGCUUUCAAAACUUUUUGACGAUUUUGAAAAUCCAAUAUAUUUGGCUAAGUAUAAUACAUUUUUGACGACGCUUUUUGGAGAACAGACUUCACAGAACCCUAAGUCAUUUGAUGAUUUGAAUGUUUAUUUUAAUAUCUGGGAGGGCAAAUACUUCUUAAAUAUUAUUACCGUCAUGAAGUUUUUUAUAAUCUAUCCACAUUCAUUAAUAAGAGAUAGAAUAGAGAAAUUGACAAUAUUAGGGGGUCAAAGCAUGGACCCCUGUACGACUUAUAAGUUCCUUGAAGAUUUAAAGAUCUAUAAUAAUAGGCGCCAUCAGAUGACAGAUAUAUACCUUUCGGCGAAUAUAAUGGGUAAGUCACUAUUAUCACAGCUAUCCAUAUCGUCGAUCAAUGAUCUACGCCCAACUUCAACCCAAGCGGAACUGGAUAACUUCAUGAACGAGAAAAUAACCGACAAAUUUCCACAUUUAAGAAAAUCCAAAGUUUAUUACCAAGAUCAUAUUGUUUACGGUUUGCCCUUCGGCAAAUCUAUUGAUUCGAAACAGAAACUGUCAUUGCUAGCCGUGUCACUAGAGAAAAUAAACUCUAGAAAGUACUUGAUAAAUAUUCAUAUACCUGACAUGAUUACAAAACUUUCGCCUAGCAGUAACUUAUUUGAUGAAAUAGCAUCUUCUAGUUUAAAUAUGAAGAGUUUAACCAAAUUGAUUAAUGAUUCGAAUAUAAAUAUUUUUGAUUCAGACUUGAUCGAUAAGUUAAGUUUCCCAGAUCAUAAUUUACGGGAGACUUCUGAUUGGUUUUCAGUAGGCGAUGUUUCGCAGAGAAGCAAUAAGUAUGAUUCUGGCAACAAAUCAAAUAACAAUGUAACAUGUAUGACUGUUUCAUUCGUGUACAAUAAGUAUGAGUCGAAUCCAUUUCUGGAUUUAGAAGAAAAGAUUUCUUUCUCUUUUGAUUCAUUAAAUUCAGUACUGAUAAAAAAUAUUGAUUGGAACACCCUUGAAAAAUGCUUAAAUGGUGUCACAGAAGUUUCCCCAUUUACAUUGUUCAAAGAAAGAGCGAGCCGUUCCAAAGAUAAAAAUAAUGCUGAAUUAGAUGAUGAUGACAUUCAUAAUAUGAAUUUUAUCUUCAACGUAAUGAAGAGUCAUAUCAAGAUAAGAAAUCUUGACGGAGCUUCAAAUGUUGAUCCAUCUAUUGCAUUCCAGAAUAACGAUUCAAGCAAUCUUUUGAAAGAAUUGAGUAUAGUGAACAAAUAUGAGGACCAAGAAAAGGUGCUUACUACAAUUGAAUCUAAAACCCUUGAAAAUCAACUAGAAUUGUCGAAAUCAAAGUUUUUCAUCAAUGAACUCGAUAAAUUUGUUGGAAAAUUAACCUCAAGAUAUUGCUUGAUGCAUGAUAUUCCUAUUUUGACCCAUCACCAAGAUAUUCUUGAGUCAUUAAAUAAUGAGCUGAAUCCAGAAUUGAUUAUGAAACGGGAAACCAGAGAUUUGAAUGAUGAAGCGUAUAUUUCUCAUAAUAACUUAUUUUUGCCCAAUUAUCAUGCGAACUCAUACUUUCAAACGUUGAUAGCGAGAGAUUCGUCUGGGUAUGUAUCGAUGAGUGCAUAUUUGAUCGGUUUGAAUUAUUUAACCAAGCCUAACAUAGAAGUAUUCGCAGAUGAAAAUUUAUCCUUCGUACCAUUAGGAAUAAAUGAUGGGUAUGUUAGGAUGUUUGGGGUUUUUACUGAUUACGAAGUGUUGUUAAACCAAUUCCAAAUCUUGUCUCAUAUUCAAAAAUUUUCCCAGGGGAACAAUCCAGCCUUUUUUAAGGACAACGAACAUUCUGCCAUUAUCAGACAGUUCAGUUAUUUGAAACGAUACGGCUAUAAACUAAAUGGGCCAUUAUCACACGACGCAUUAAACCAUCAAUUGCAUAAAAUAUUAAACUCCUACAAAUUGUGUGAUCAUUUAGGAACAGUGCAUAAACAUUUCUGGACCUUAAAAUUGCUAGAGCAGAGGUUACUCCAAGAGACGUCCUUAGACUCAGGUACAACUGGUGUUACUUAUGAUUGUAUAAUUACUCGUGCCGGCUAUGAAAUACCCCUGAUAUCCAAAAAGAUCGCCAGAGGUUAUUGUUCCCAAUUGAAUAUCGAAAUUGACAUAAUGAUUCCUCUUGAUAGGGAAGUAACUAUAGGAAACCAAAUUAUCUGUGACAAGGUAAUGUUCUUAGAUCCUAUUGGAGGACACUGUGUUCUAAGAGAAUCACAGUUACUCCAUUAG